GGCCGGCGCAGCCCCAAGCGGACGGCCAUGACCUCAUGCAUCGCGAAAGGAAAUGAGGUUCCAAGCCGCGGUUACCGUCGCGCGCACGCCGCCAAGAAAACGCGCCCGGCGCCUGUCAGAAAAAAACGUGCCAGCUGCCUUUCGUGUGGGGUGUGUUGCCCUGCCACCACCGUCACCGUGGAACUGCCGACUUAACAAACCGCGGUUGGCAACGACCCGCCAGCCGUUCUUCAAGCGCGGUGACGUUUUCGACUGCCACCCCCCAGACAACAAUGACCCUUUGAUCCUCGAGCUCCCGUGGGUUUCGUGCGUCCUCCGCGCAAGCCGCGAACCAGACUCGCUCUGCUACGUUGGAAGUUGUUGCCAGCCGCCGUCGCUUGUCACGCGGCGGGAGCACAAGGGGGCAGAUGCGCAAGCCGUGAACCACACAUGCUCUCUAGACGUCCAAUGUUACCAUGUCCUGGCUCUCGCCGGCGUUCCCUCUACCCCUCGGGUCCCAAUCUUCGCCACAACGCUGUGUCGGACCAUAUGUGAAUAGGGCUAAUCCGUACAGUCGAAACCUUCGGCGUCAGGAUAGCGCGCAAAUCGUCUACGCGGGAUACGUGGCAGUUGUGUGCUUGAAGA